UUGCUUUAGAAAACAAACAUGGCGGAUGAUGGAGAGUCGCUGGAGUCCUGGCUCAACAAAGCCACCAACCCCUCCAACAGGCAGGAGGACUGGGAGUACAUUAUGGGAUUCUGCGAUCAAGUCAAUAAGGAGCUAGAGGGCCCACAAAUAUCCGUCAGACUAUUGGCAUACAAGAUUCAGUCCCCUCAGGAGUGGGAGGCGGUUCAAGCAUUAACGGUCCUGGAGGCUUGUAUGAAAAACUGUGGACAAAGGUUUCACAACGAAGUUGGGAAGUUUAAAUUCUUAAACGAGUUGAUAAAAGUGGUUUCACCUAAAUACUUGGGAGACAAAAUAUCAGAAAAGGUGAAGAGAAAAGUGAUAGAGCUGCUCUACUGCUGGACAGUGUCUCUACCCGACGAGACGAAAAUCAGCGAAGCUUAUCAGAUGCUGAAGACGCAAGGUAUUGUUUCAGUUGAUCCAGAAAUAUCUCUGGAUGUCACAUUACUACCAUCUCCUUCUGCCAGACCAAAGAAUCCUGUGUUUGAUGACGAGAGGAAGAGCAAGAAAUUAGCAGAGCUGCUCAAGAGCAAAAAGCCGGAAGAUCUGCAGGAGGCUAAUCGGCUCAUCAAGAGCAUGGUCAAAGAGGAUGAGGCGAGAGCACAGAAAGCAACCAAACAGAAGUCCACACUGGAGGCAGCCAGCAACAGUGUCAAACUCCUGAAUGAGAUGCUGACUCACUUCAGCCCCGAGGGUUCCACUGACGGAGACAAGGAGCUCAUCAGGGAGUUGUAUGGCGACUGUGACAAACUCAGACAAACCAUAUCUCAGCUCGCUUCAGAGACGGAGGAUAACGACAGCAGCUUAGGGGACAUCUUGCAGGCCAGCGAUGAUCUAUCACACGUCAUUAAUUCCUACAAGAAGAUCAUCGAAGGAGCUAAAAUCAAUGGCGAGACCGAGGAAGCACAACAAAGAUCGUCAUCAGGCAAUAAAGACUCUGGACCCUCGAGCCAGUCGGAGAUUCUGAUUGACCUGGUGGGUGUGGACUCGCAGACCCCCUCUCCGCCCGAACAGCCCCUCCCGGCGUCCGCUCCGUCUUUCUCCGACGAGCUGCUGUGUGGCGCCGCUGCCACGGACGCCCAGUCGCAGCGUGCUGCUGCCGCCCCCUCUGCCGCGCUCUCGCUGCUGGAUGAAGAGCUGCUCUGUUUCGGCCUCGGUGAUCCUGCUCCCGUUCUGAGUGACUCAACGCUUAAAAAUCAGAGUGAUCAUUUGUCAUCUCUGCAGGGUUCCAAUCAUGGUUUGGAUCUUUUCGGCCCCACGCUGCCUGCAGUCCCUGCCCUUUCUUCAUCUUCAUCCUUUCUCGACACUCUCUGUACAACAGGAACCUCAGUGAACCCCACCAAAACUUCCACAGCUGCCUUAAACCUCUCUGGCCUUGUCUUCCCGGCUCCCUCGGCAUCAGUCACGUUGCCUCAGAGCGUCAGUUCAGUGAUGGCGAGCAACGUGGCCCCAGCUGCUCGGUCUUUGAAGACGACUCUGUCUCCUCCCUCGGUCACUCCUGCUGCUUCACAGCAGGUUUUUCCUUCAUCUGGACUUUUUCCACCAUCGUCAGCUUCUCUCAGUCAAAACCUUCAAGACCUUACCCUUCUGGAUCUGGCCAGUAUGAAUAAACCAGGGGCUGCUUCCACCACAGCCGCCUCACUGACUGCAGCGGAGACGCCAGCGUGGUCCGCUGCUCCGCUUACCAAGAGCCAGGCAGAGGACAGCCCGGUAUUGCGCUCCCUGUCCCCCAUCCUCCCCCUGAGCCAGGCCAGUGCAGCCAAGGAGCAGGACUUAUCACUGGCCAACGUGUUUGUCCCACUGGAUGCCAUCAAACCCAGUAAAGUGUGUCCUGUGACGGCCUAUGAUAAAAAUGGUGUUCGUGUUCUGCUGCAUUUUGCGACCGACUGCCCCCCGGGCAGACCAGAUGUGCUGGUGAUGGUGGCGUCGAUGCUGAACACGUCCCCACAAGCCGUCAGAAACGUCCUUCUCCAGGUUGCUGUGCCCAAGAUGAUGAAAGUGAGGCUGCAGCCUCCCUCGGGGACAGAGCUGGCUCCUUUUAACCCAGUACUUCCCCCUGCUGCCAUCACUCAGGUCAUGCUGCUUGCCAAUCCUCUCAAGGAAAAGGUUCGGAUGAGAUACAAACUGACAUUCACGCUCGGAGAGCAGCCGCUGACGGAGGUGGGGGAGGUGAACCAGUUUCCACCUGCUGAUACAUGGGGUUCUCUAUAGCCCUGCCAUCGUAUUCGCGAUGGCCACAAGACUUAUGAAACUGCUGAGACUGUCAGAGGCUGGCAAAGAUCAGAAGAGAAGGUGGAAUGGAUCGCUUUUAUAGGAAUUUUGAAUCGACGAUGGACUGUAGCGGGCCUUGAGGAGCUUGCGAUUGAAGUAGCCAAAGUCCAGUAGCACACGUGUAACUUUAUUACAGCCGGUGCCAGAAGCAGUCAGCGGGACGUGAGACAUGAUCUGAACUGGUUUAUCAAGGUUCUUUUAGUGAAGUUUGAUACCGUUUAAGUUAUAAAGUUUAUGAUAUUGUAUCAUUUUUGCGGUCAUUUUAAUGGUCAGAGUUACUCUUGUCAUCUCUAAAGCACAUCGGAGUGGAUUGGAGUGUACGUUACGUCUGCCUGACGCUUUUCACCAGAGCAGAGAAUAAGCUGAAAGGUGUCAUGAAAACAAGCUCCUACGGCUGGAUUUCCUGUUGCAUGUGUGUAACGGCGGUGUUGAAGCAGAUGAGAUCGGUUCUCUUUGUUUACACGAAGUCAUAGCUCAGACUCUCACACUUAGCACUGUAUUACUUUGUCUUUCAGUGUUUAUUCUUAUGAUUGUGUUAUUUAUUCUGGUUUGGGAAUGAAGGUGUCUAAUCUGAUCAGUUGAAGGCUGUCUCCUCUUUGCAUGGUGUUUUUUUUUUCUAAGAACAUAAAUUCUGGCAAAUUUUCAAACAUGUAACAAUGUUACUUUUUUCUUUUAAGGACAGAUGGAUUUUACCGACUUAAAUCUCUUGUUGCUUACAGGUUGUGAAACUGUGAAUGUCCUGCUAGAUAACACAGCAGCCUUGUGUCAUAGAUACUAAAGACGGGCUUUUUCUUCUCAACUCUUACAGUAUGAGUCACAAAGGGCAAAGGUCAUCAGUAUAUAUUAAGUGGAUAUGCUCAGGAAAGAGCAGACUCCCCCCCCAGGGCAAGAAAGGUACAAUAUGUGAGGUGAAUCUAAUGCUGCAUAAUAUACAUUCGACCUUUCCGUCCUGUUGAAGUAAAGCGGCACACUGACGGGGCUCAGCGUUCUCUCUCAGUAAAAGUCCUGCUUGUGUGUGAGUUUUCCGUGUGAGUUUUCCGUAUUAAACUACAAAUAUUUCUUGGCGUCAGCCUUGACAAUAAGAUGUAUCGGUGAUUAAAAACAAUUUUCUCUUUAUCCCAAAAUGUAACUUCAUUUGUGUCUUUCUGGAGCUCCUACUGCUAUAAAGAUUCUAUACUUCUUUCUAAUAAAAAUAAUUUAUUU